AAAUUUCUUUAGGUUAAUAUUAAAUUGCCUCCAGAAAUAAAUUUAUUGAUGAAGUUUCUGGGAUGAAACAGUACUUUCAUAGAAAUUUAUUGGAAAAGUUGAACGUUUUCAUACCAAUAUUUCACAUUGUAAUCAAAACAAAGAGUUUGGCAAAGUUUUUGAUGCAGUUUUAUGGACAAAGUGGUAUUUUAUUGCUUCAAUUUGGGUGACAUUUAAAUUAUUAUCAAAACUACGAAGACUUUACUAUUACAAAGUCUAUGAAUACUAGAAACGUUCUGGUCACUGCAGAGAGAAAGAAUAUACGAAAUCUGUACAUACUGGUCUUCAUAAAAUCUUUGGAUAGCGCGAAUUAUUUGGGUACUGCUAAAGAGUCUAUAAUUGCGUAAAGAUCUGUGGAUACUAUAAAGAUUACGUCUAAGACAUUCUAAAAUCUCUGGAUCUUGCUAAGUCUGUGAGUACUUCAAAGUGUUGAGGCUCUGCAAACUCCUAAGACAUGGCAGAAUUUCUGGUUAUUAUAAACUGCAAGUUUUCUAAAUAUUACCGAGACUCUGGAUACUGCAAAGUUCUAAACCUACAAACUGCGUCGAUCUUGCUGAGUCUGUAAGCAGUACACAAUCUUUGAAAACCUGAAUAAUUCUAGAUCUAGAUAGUUUCCCGUAAAUUUCUAAUUUAAAUUUUUUUGACAAUACCAACAUGAUAAUAAAAUGAUAUGAUAAAAUCUAGUAAUCUUUUAAUCAAAACAAUUUAAAAAAAUGUAUACUAAUCAAAUAAAUUGACAAAUUGUCAAUAGGUAUUAUCGAAUUUUCCAAAUUAAUUAACACCGUUCGUAAUUUUAUAUAUAUUAAACCCCUACAACAAUGGCCGAUUGCGAAUGCAGCCCACCGCCUCCAAAAUCACAUCAGGAUGGAUGUAUUCCAUGCAGUGUUCCGGUCAUUCCAGGUGGAACACCCGUAACGGUCGUAAAACCUUGUCAACCACCACCAGCAAAAAAUACCGACGAAUGUUGUAAUGUUGUAGUGCCAAUUGUAACGGCGGUGGAAGACCGACCAGUUCCGAUAAAAAAAAAAUGUCGAUAUAUUCAACCAGCUCGUCCAAGUUCGUUUAAACCGGAUAGAGAUUAUAAACCACCAGCUUGUCGAAUGGACGAUGGAACUACAUAUAACAGAUCAUAUUUACCAAGUGAAACUGAAAGAUCGAGCCAAUUUCAUCCAUCGAAUAAUCUUUGUGUGGGUGAAGGUAGAAUGUCGGAUAAUACCACACAUAAUAUGUCUUUCCAAGGACACACAAAUGUUCUUCCGCCGUGUCCAAUUGUACCAUGUGAACAUAAUUUCCAAGGUGAAGGUCCGAUGCAAGAUAUUACAACUCAAAAGCACGAUUACGUGCCAAAACCGUUUUCAAAAACAGGAAAGUUUAGUCCAACAAAUAAUAUUUUCUCAAGUGAUUGUCCAUUAAGUGAUAAAACAACAAAUAGAUUAUCGUAUAUGCCGGUGAAAGGAGAUAGAGUUGCUAAAUUUAUACCCACUAACGCACUCGAACUUCCAACUGGAAGAAUGAGUGCGUGUACUGUUAAUCGGAUGUCAUUUCUUCCAUGGGAACAACAGGAAAAAAUUGAUAUGCCUUGGGCGAAAAAACCGAAAUUUGUACCACCCACAAUGCGAAUGGAAGGUUGUACGGUACAAAAGAUGAGUUUUGGACCACCAGGAGAGUAUGUUGAAUGCUCGGAAGAUUGUCCGGAUGGUAUUGAUUGUCCGGAAUUGGAUUGUCACACGAGUGUGCCAAAACAUAAACCUCAAGAUUGUACUGCACCUUGUUGUUGUCCGAGAGCCUCUUGUUAAGAAAAAAAGAAUUCUCUUAGGAUUAACAUGUCUAAAAAUCUUUUCAAAUUUUAGUAUACAAAAAAAUUGUAUAAUUUUUUUUUAUAUUGAU